GCUCGGGCCGGGGAAAUGGGAGGGCGGGAAGUCGCUCCGGGGCGGGACUCCGCAGCCGGGACCCGCGGUCCUUCCGGUGAGGCGGGGCUCCCUCGGCUCUCCCCGAGCUCGGCCUCGCCCCUGCUUACAGCGCCGGCUGGAGGCGGCCGGGCCCAGUUUUCCACAAUGAUGCCAAGAAAAAGAAAGCGGUUAACUCCAUUAAAUGCUGUCCAAAGUAAACCCAGCUUCUCUCCAGCUGACACCUCUGGGAGCCUGACAGUUGUUCUUGAUGGGAAUUCCUCUCCAGUAAGCAGCAAAUACUUCAGUGAAGAGAAGAGGACAUCUUCCCGGCUAGGGACAGACUUUUUCAACCAAUCCUGCAUCAGCCUGGCUAAAUCAUUUCUUGGACAGAUUUUAGUUCAUAAACUUCCCGAUGGCAGAGAACUCCGGGGAAAGAUUGUGGAAACGGAAGCAUAUCUGGGUGGGGAAGAUGCAGCUUCCCAUUCAAAGGGAGGGAAACAAACUGCAAGAAAUACAGCAAUGUUCAUGAAACCGGGAACCUUGUACGUGUACCAGAUCUAUGGGAUUUAUUUCUGCAUGAAUGUUUCCAGCCAGGGGGAAGGGGCUGCAGUACUGCUCCGGUCCUUGGAACCUCUGCAGGGCCUGGACAUCAUGAGGCAGCUGCGAAGUACUCAGAGGAAAGGAUCAGCCAAACCACUGAAGGACUGGCAGCUGUGCAAUGGGCCCUCCAAGCUAUGUCAAGCACUCGCUAUAAACAAGAGCUUUGACCAAAAGGACCUGGCUCGUGACACAGCAAUCUGGAUGGAGCCUGGCUCAGAAGCACCGGGAGAGCAGGCUGUGGUGACUGCAGCCAGAAUUGGUGUCAGCUACGGUGGAGAGUGGGCACAGAAACCACUGAGGUUUUAUAUACGAGGGAACAAAUGCGUGAGUGUUGUGGACAAGAAGGUGGAGAGAGAGCAAGGUGCUGCAGACUAGAGGUGCCCAGUGCUGAAUGCUGCAAUCUCACCAGUCACAUAAAGAGGAACUAGCAUCGCCCUUGUCCCUGAGAUGAAGCCUGUGUCUGAGGAGGCACAAUUAAACUGGCUUCUAUUCCAGCUUAUCACAUUGCAAACUCAUCUCUACUUUGAUGUUCAUCUUCAUCCCUUAAGCAGGCAUGCUUACAUAAAACAUAAUUAAAAACAAGUUUCCUUAUAUCCGCUAAACAGAGAUUGCCAAAAAGAAAAUGUCAUCAAUCUGAUUUACCUUCCCACUAUUUAUGCUCUGCAAUCACUUUUUGCAUUCUUUCUUGUCGGGCAAUGAAACUAGAUUAGUUAAUUUCACUUUCAAUUUCACCCUGAGGUGCUGGCCAGUACUUGAGUGUUUGGGGUGCUAGCACAGCAGUUGAAAAUUUGUUAAAAAAUAUUGUUCCCUUGACAUUUUUUAAAAAACAUGGUAACAUGUUUAUUGGUCCUGGGGUUUUUUAAGGCUCAAUUUAAACAAGUCCUAACUGUAGAGCCAACUUGCUCAGAUAGUGUGGCAUAAGCUUCAUCCAGUAUCACUACUCCAAUAUUUCUCCCUCCCUCUGCCUGCAUGAGCUUCCAAUUAUUUCCCCCUACAACUGCUAGCUACAUUCUUCCAAGCUGAACCACACUAUGUCUAAUCAUGGCAGAGCUCUUUGUAUUAUCUUUCUGCACUGCAGUUUGGAAGCACUCCUAACUGGCAUCAAAGUAGUAAAAAAAAUAGACAACUUAUUAAAUGAUCUAUUUUACUACCUCCCCAUCUCCUGCCAGUGCAAUACUGCUUACUGCAGUGGGCAGUAUUCCCAUCAGUAUAUAUAAAAUAGCUUCUUGGGCACAAGUGAUUACGACGGGAUUGUCAAUGAUGCAGCCAAAGCAGGAAUGUUCAAUACACACAUUCAUUCUGCAUUUGGAAAGAAUCAUGGAAAGGCAGGGUUGGAAGGGAGCUCAAGAGGCCAUCUUGUCCAUUUCUCUUUCCCCCCACAUUGAGGCUGGAUUAAGCAAACCUAGACCAUCCCUGACAGAUAUCUGUCUAACCAAUUCUUUAAAAACCUCCAAUGUUGGGGUUUCCACAACCUCUCUAGGUAGCUUGUUCCAGUGCUCAACUCCUUAGAGUUAGAAAGUUUUUCCUAAUAACCAACCUAAAUCUCCCUUGCUGCAAACUAAGUUGAUUAUUUCUUGUCCAACCCUCAGUGGACAUGGAGAACAAUUGAUCACCGUCCUCUUUAACAACCUUCUACAUAUUUGAAGACUUAUGUCCCCCCUCAGCCUUCUCUUCUCUAGACUGAAACCAUCCCUCAUAUUUUCUAAACUACUUAUUUUUGUUGCUCUCCCCUGGACUCGAGUUUGUUCACAUAUUUCUGAAAGUGUGGCACCCAAAACUGGACCCAGUACUCCAGCUAGGGCCUCACCAGUACAGAAGAGACUAAAACAAUGAUCUCCCGUGUCUUACGUAUGACACUCCUGUGAAUACAUCCCAGAAUGACAUUUGCCUCUUUUGCAAUUGGAUGAUGUUUUCAUAUCAGAUAAUGAUGAAAUACUUUCCAUUCCAAUAGUAGUUAUGGAGGAUGUUAACCAGUAUCAACUAAAGUUAAAUAUUUUUAUAAAUCAGCAAGUCCAAAUAAGUCACAUCAAAAAGAGUUUUAAAAGAAUUAGCCAAAGAGCUUUCUGGACAGUUGAUGGUAAUACUUAAUACAUUUCGGAAUAAUGAGGAAGUUCCAGAGGACUAUAGAGAAGCUGAUGUUAUUAUGGUAUUGAAAAACAAAAACAGGAUAACUCAGGUCAUUUAUAGGCUUGUUAGCCUGAUGUUAUUCUUGGGGAAAGAAAGAAAAAUAAAAAAUAGCUAAUAUGGAGCAUAAUUAAUACCAAUCAACAUGGUUUUAUGGAAAAAAAUGUCAAACCUAAUGUUGUUUGAUGAAAUUACAAGGUUGGUUGAUAAAGGUAAUUACUGACAUAAUAUAUUUGGAGUUCUGUAAGGAGUCUGAAUACUUCACAAUAUUUUUAUUAAAACAUUAAUAUGAUAUUAAA